AUGCCCAAAGCGUUGGUCAGUGUUGAGGGUAAUCAUUUUAUUAACCGUACUAAGUAUAAUGUCAAGCACAAGGUAGCCACUGCUCAUAACACUCAAAUAAGCGGGCAAGCAAAAGUCUCCAAUAGGGAAAUCAAGUCAAUCCUGGAGAAAGUUGUCAAUGCAUCAAGAAAAAAUUGGGCACCGAGAUUAGAUGAGGCACUUUGGGCAUAUCGCACUGCGUUUAAAAUGCCAAUUGGAAUGUCCCUGUAUGCCCUUGUGUUCGAGAAAGCCUAUCACUUACCACUGAAGCUAGAUCAUAAAGCAUUUUGGGCAGUCAAAAAGCUAAACUUGGAUUUAGAAGCUACUGGAGACGUUAGAAAAUUACAACUGAACGAAUUAAAUGAAUGGAGGCUAAACGACUAUGAAUAUUUGAAAAUAUACAACGAAAAGACAAAGCGUUGA